UGACCUGAGGACGUGAUGCUGUGUGACAUCAGCCACUACAAAGGACAGACACUGUGUGAUCCAAUCUGCUUACAGGAGGAGGGGGUGAAGACCGAGAAUGACCACAUCAACCUGAAAGUGGCCGGGCAGGACGGCUCCGUCGUCCAGUUCAAGAUCAAGAGACACACGCCGCUGAGCAAGCUGAUGAAGGCGUACUGCGAGAGGCAGGGCUUGUCAAUGAGACAGAUCAGAUUCAGGUUUGAUGGGCAGCCGAUCAAUGAAACAGACACCCCUGCACAGCUGGAGAUGGAGGACGAGGACACCAUCGACGUGUUUCAGCAGCAGACGGGGGGCUGGCGGGAGAGCCGCGGGCGCUAGGGGCGCCGCCUCUGGAGGACCGCCCCCGCCGCGUCUUCGUCCUCCGUCUGCUGUUUAGCCGCAAGCAGGUAGCCGUGCCAGUGACAAAGGCGUCUGCGGAGACCCGACGACAGUCACCACGAUUACUCUCCUCUCUGACAUUUGGCGAGGGCAACUCAGAACUCUGUCUGCGGGGCCCCCGCUCAACCCGGCCAGUCACACGUGUCUUUGCGGAAAAUGAGUGGCGAGGUUCCUUUUGGUUUGUUUUUUUCAUUUUUGUUUUUUCCCCUAGAAUGUUGGCCCAAACUGUGGUCUGCGGGUCCCCUUCUCGUCUCGAUGGGGAUCUUACCUUGCCCCCAGCCCGGCCAGGAGCUCCCGGCACCAUGGUGGGGGUGCUCCCAUUGGACAGGUUUUGGGGGCGAUUUGGGGGGAGACAGACUUUUCGCUGUCUCAUAUAGGCACAGGUUUUUAAAAUGCCAAACACUGCAUUUCAGAACAUGGUAAAGUUGAAGGGAAAAUGCUGGAAUGCUUUCUUAAAGGUUAAAAUGGAAGGUAACCGGGCCCUUCAGUAACAUGGGUCUGGGGUCCGGGUGCCCGGUGCCAUGGCACGGGCAGAGGCCGGUGCAGCGACAUCCGGCUCCUCCCCUGAGAACGUAAUCCCCGCAUCUCUCACCAGGCAGUAGUGCUGUGUGGCCUCACAUUUCUUGUAUUUGCUUCGGGUGAGUGCUUGUGGUCUCUAUAUAAAAAAGCAAGAUUCAGUAUUGCUGAAUCUGCACUUAUGUUUUUGUGUAAAAGACCUGCUUCCAAGUGUGUUACCAGCAAAGCCCUUGGAAAGGGGACCCUGCGUCGCCCUCCUGGACCCGGGCUGUGCUACUUUCCAAAUAGGCGUGGGGUUUACGCUUAGUACGUGAUUGGGGUUCUGUGAGGUGUUCUGGGAUCUGUACCAACUAAACCCUUAUCGUUUUCCUCCUGUCGUUCUGUAUGGACCCGCUGCUGCCUUGUUCUCGUCCCGGGGCGUGGCCAUGGCCGUCCUCUCUUGCUUGCCUGAAACCUUGCUGGAGGUGUUUGCGUUUCCUUUGUGUUCUGCUGUUGGGGCGCGGGCGGGGCGUCUGCUGGCUGUUGUGUUCAUCCCCCAAUUUGUACGUUAUUUGUGGUCCUUUGCUACUGUAAACAGUAAAUAUAGUUUGGUAUUCUGUC